CUGGUGCCCGUGCUGGUGCCGGUGGUGCCCGCGCGGGCGGGAGCGGCUGCGCGGCCGCGUGGGAGGCGGCUCCGCGUCUCGCAGGAGCGGGGCUUUGCUCGCCGGCAUGAUGGCGCCCCUCUGGAAGCCCGCGGAGAAGCCGGCGGCUCCUUCCCCUCCGGCCUGCCCGCCGUGAAGGGCCCGGGAAAGAAAAAAAAGGAUGCUCAAUGAAUGUAAGAAAGCUAACAUUUUCAUCUGAGGAAGGAGAGGUACUGUUAGAUCAAGACCAAAAUAGAUGAAGACAUGUGCAGCUUUUGAGGUGGGGGGAAGUGGCUGUCUAACUAUUGUACUGAGGGAAAAGAUUAUUUGGUGAACAGAUGAAUGUCUUUCAGAGAAGGUUGUGACCAGGGACGGUAAAGAAUGAGAAGGUCGCUUCUAUCGAGGGGGAAUGUCAGCAUCGUCGUCUUGGGACAUGAGGAUUGAAAAGUUAAAAGAAACAGAAUUAUUUGAGACAAACUGCUUUUAACUACUGUUACAAUCUACUGUAUCCUGUUUGUGGUGUGGAACAACAGGACAGUCUAUUCUGCCUGGUCUGUGGUCUCCAGUGUGACCAAGAGGGGUCACCAUGAACGUGACAAGUUUAUUUUCCUUUACCAGCCCAGCAGUGAAGAGGCUAUUGGGAUGGAAGCAGGGGGAUGAAGAAGAAAAAUGGGCAGAGAAAGCUGUUGAUGCAUUAGUGAAAAAACUAAAGAAGAAAAAGGGUGCUAUGGAAGAGCUGGAAAAAGCAUUAAGCUGUCCUGGUCAGCCCAGCAACUGUGUCACAAUUCCUCGUUCUUUGGAUGGCAGGCUACAGGUUUCACACCGGAAAGGGCUACCGCAUGUAAUUUACUGCAGAGUGUGGCGCUGGCCAGACCUGCAGAGCCAUCAUGAACUGAAACCACUGGAGUGCUGUGAGUUUCCCUUUGGUUCAAAACAGAAGGAGGUUUGCAUCAAUCCCUACCACUACAAGCGAGUAGAGAGUCCUGUGCUUCCCCCAGUGCUGGUGCCAAGACACAGCGAAUACAACCCUCAGCACAGCCUCUUGGCUCAAUUCCGCAACUUGGGACAAAAUGAGCCCCACAUGCCGCACAAUGCUACUUUCCCGGACUCUUUUCAGCAACCCAACAGUAUCCCAUUUCCCCACUCGCCAAACAGCAGCUAUCCAAACUCGCCGGGAAGCGGCAGCAGCACCUAUCCGCAUUCUCCCGCCAGCUCGGACCCGGGAAGUCCUUUCCAGAUGCCAGCUGAUACGCCGCCUCCUGCUUACCUGCCUCCGGAAGAUCCGAUGAUACACGAUACCUCCCAGCCAAUGGAUACCCACAUGAUGGUACCUGCAAUGCCCCCUGACAUACACAGAGGAGAUGUUCAGGCGGUUGCUUAUGAAGAACCAAAGCACUGGUGCUCCAUCGUUUAUUACGAGCUUAAUAACCGUGUCGGGGAGGCUUUCCAUGCUUCUUCCACAAGUGUGUUGGUUGAUGGCUUCACUGAUCCGUCCAACAACAAAAACAGAUUUUGCCUUGGGCUGCUCUCUAACGUUAAUCGGAAUUCCACCAUUGAGAAUACAAGGCGGCAUAUUGGCAAAGGUGUUCAUCUCUAUUAUGUUGGUGGAGAAGUGUAUGCUGAAUGCCUUAGUGACAGCAGUAUUUUUGUGCAAAGUCGAAACUGCAACUACCAUCAUGGUUUUCAUCCAACCACUGUGUGCAAAAUUCCCAGUGGCUGCAGUUUGAAGAUUUUCAAUAAUCAAGAGUUUGCUCAGCUUUUGGCUCAGUCAGUGAACCAUGGUUUUGAGACAGUGUAUGAGCUUACUAAGAUGUGCACUCUCCGUAUGAGUUUUGUAAAGGGUUGGGGAGCUGAAUAUCAUCGCCAAGAUGUAACGAGCACUCCAUGCUGGAUAGAGAUACACCUUCACGGUCCCCUUCAGUGGCUGGAUAAAGUACUUACUCAGAUGGGCUCUCCUCAUAAUCCUAUUUCUUCAGUGUCUUAAAAGGUCCCAAGCUCCUGCAUUUUGGAAACAAUUGAGCCUUGCAUGUACUUGAAGGACAUAUGAGUCAGACACGCUUCUCUCCUCCUCCCCCCAACUCCCCUCCAAAAAAAAAAAAAAAAAAAAAGGCAACAGCUGAAUAAGAGCCAUGAAAAUACUUGACUUCUGUGACCAACUGUUGGAUUCAGGAUAAAUAAAUAAAUAAAUCCAUUUGACAUACUGUUGGUAUCAAGAAUUUUAGUUUACAUUGUAAUGUUCUAUUGCAAAGUUGAUUUUUUCAGGGCUUAGUGUAACAGGGACAACCAAGCCAAAACCACAAUCUGUCAGACUGAGUUCCCAAAGGAUUUUCCUGUAGUUGGCACUCUGAGAUUCUCUUUCUUCCUUAUGUUCAGCGUUCACUGGGUUUUUUUUUUUCCCCUGUGUCCUCUGGGGCUACAAGCCCAUGUUGGUGAAGUCUGUUUUCUCCAGGCUUUCUACAGUACAUUUUAAAACCAUUUGUCUAGCUGAUGGUUGCUGUUCUCUAUAAAAGAAAAAAAAUACAGUUUAAUCUCAAUAACUGUGUAAUAAUCUUUUGAAAUUGUGUCCUGACCAUACUGCUGUAAGAAUGUUAGGUAUGUUUCUUGCUAAAUGUGUGUAUGGUGUAUCUGAAAGUUUAGAAAUUAAUUAGACCGUAAAGGAGUUAGAAAUAUUUGAGUGGGGGGAGGUGGGAAUGGGAAGGGAAAAUGACAACUGAAAUGUGGAAUAUAUUGUAAACAUGGCUUGUUGGUUUAAAUUGAGGUCUGAGUUUUGCUGUGCAUUUCAUCUUUUAUAGUGGCUUCAACUUGUUAAUUUUGAUUAUUUUUGCCUCUUCCUUUUCCUUCAAAACAAUUGCGCAGCUGGCUAAUUCUUUUACCUGUGAAGAGGACAAAAUGAUUAAUUCCUGCAGUUCAAAGGCUGCUGCUCUAUGUAUUUCAAGACAAAAUUGUACAGUAUGCUCUUUAGCUAUUGAGCAGUUUUAUACAGUUUAUGUAACAGAAGUAGGCUUUUAAUUUUGUAAGAGAAUCUUGUUUUGCCAAACCUAGUAACUGUUGUUUGGAGGGCUUCAAAAUCCCUGUAUGGGUCUAUUUUAGACUUUUUAUAAAAAUAUAUAUAUUUUUAACUUUUUUUUUUUUUUUUUUUUUUUAAUACUGCUUGGUUUAUUUUCUUCUCUCUGCUCUUUUAUAUUUACAUAAGCUGUAAUACCUUUAAGUACCUUUUUUCCAAAACUAGUAGGUCCUCUUUACUGGAAGUUUUGAAUAAAACCUGUUGUUACUGCUUAC